GAGUCAGAGUGCAGCCCGCUGACUACAAACCUCCACGUGUCGACAAACAACCGCGUGGCAGGGCCACUCCACAGCUGAUUCCGGGAUAUGAGAAAGUUUGCAGUGUUCUUUUAGAUGCAUUACCAUCGACAGAUGCAAAGCGUUGUUUGUGCGAGCCUUGCAAGCAUGUUCCAGCAGGCAGCCGCCUGCUGCGUACCGAGAAGAAGGGAGAGAAGCUUUUGUGUGGUUUUGGGAUUUUUCACUCAUGCGAAACCUUUGUCGCCUUGGCCAAGACUUUGUGGCACCCUUUUGACACAGCUGCACAUAUGCCUGACCAUUUGCUGAAAUGUUUACAUGAGCACCUCACAAUGUCACCAGUGGAAAUUGUGCGACUGCGCAUACAGAGACCUAAGCUUUGGACCACCUGGGCAACAGAACUUGCAAUAGUGGAAAAAAAGUACAAACAGAAGUGCGACCCUAAGGUCAAAGCUGUGCUCGGUGCCAAGCGUUUGCUUCUAAUGGAAAGGGUUGCAAAAAGUAUCAAGUGGCCAGACACCACACUGUUUCAGGAGAUGUCCCAAGGUUUUCGUUUGGUGGGACAGGCGACGAAAUCAAAUGUUUUUCAAUCUGGUAUCAAAGCGGCUUCAAUGAGUGAAGAACAAUUGAUGAAGGACGCCAAGUUUUUGAAGCCAGCGUUGCUUGGAAAGAUACGGGCGAGCCGUGGAGAUGCCCACAGCAAGGAACUUUACGAGCUCACUGAAAGUGAAGCUGUUGAUAAAGGUUGGCUGUCUGGCCCUUACACUGCGCUUGAGAUGGACGAGCGCUUUUCUGGGCGAUGGCUUCCUGUCAGGCGUUUUGCAGUCAUCCAAAAGGAAAAGCUGAGGCCCAUUGACGACCUGAAAGAAAACCGAGUGAACGAUGUGAGAUGCUUCGAGUGUGCUACCCUCCCAUUUGGAGCUUCAGCAAGCGUUCACAACUUCUUGAGGGUGAGUGCAUUCCUGCAAGCCGCAGGUUGUGCGUUGGGGCUCUUGUGGACGAGUUACUUUGACGAUUUCCCUAUGGUAUCUCAUGCAAUGCAUGCCACCUCUACGUUGGCCUGCGCCAAGGGUCUCAUGUCUCUUUUUGGUUUUGCUUACUCGGAGGAGAAGCUGGCCCCCUUCGACUACACUGCUGAAAUUCUUGGAGUCGUCGUUGACUUGAGCAAAGCGUCGCAGAGAAAGAUUUCAAUCUCCAACAAACCUUCCAGGGUGGAGGAAUUGGACCGUGCUUUGAGAGAUAUCCUUGAGUCUGGCGUGGUAGUGCCUAACCAGCUACCUUCUGUUUUGGGAAAACUUCAAUAUGCAGACUCCCAUGUGUGGGGGCGAGCUGGCAAGCUGGCCUUGGCUGACUUGAGAGAGCUUGGACACACGGCACCUACGGCCGUACGUUUGGGUGACACUCAGAUCAAGGCGUUCGAGAUUCUUCAAGAGAGAUUGUGCGGAGGAAAACCGAAAUCUUUCAUCGCAGAUGACAUGAAGAAACCUGUACUGCUUUUUACAGAUGGUGCCCUUGAGUACGACACUGGAGCCCGCAAGCAGGGCAGAAUUCCCGAAGUCAAGAGCUACGACUUUGAUGGUGAUGGCGUCGUUGGGCAACUGGACUAUUUUAUAGGUAAAUGCUUCGACCAAGAUGCCGAUGGUCGGCUCACCACCGGUGAACGCCGGCGAGCCGAAAAGGCACUUCAAAAUGGUUUCUUGGACAAGUUCGUGAGGGGUUUGGAUGCAACUGGUGACGUCCACAAAUGCGGCCCGAUCAAGCAGAAGCGUGGGGUGAUUUGCGGCCCCGACAGUGCCAAUGAAGCUAGUGUUUCGACGUACCCACCUCAUUUCAAUGCUGACAAAGUGCCGGAACACUACACCAGGACCACCUUGAAAGAGACCAGAAAAGCAGAGCUGAAGGGUGCAGGUCUGGUGCAUGGUGAAAACUGGGCUGCUCGUUGUGAGCCAGUCAAAGAGCGGCAGCCCCCCAAUCACGAGACGCAGCCCAGAACUUGUCCCAUCAGCCAUAUCCGUGAACGGGCAGAGGGCGACCACCAGUUGGCUCGCGUGCGUGGUGGAUUGAUGCCCAUGAGCUACCCGGUGAACCCAGAACGUGAGUACAAGACUGUGGGAAUCGAACGCACGGAGGAACCCAUCUUUCGGACACGCAGCCAGCUUCUAGAGACUCGGAAAGAGCUCAUGAAACGUGACAACGAGGAGUUGCGAGCUCAAGGCGAUGAGUACUACGUGCCAUUGUCUAUCCGCAAUGGGGAACAGGAGGUGAAUCACCAUCUCUUCCGUGAGCCAAGGGAAGAGCCGCAGACUUUGACGAAAAUGAAGGAUCAGAGAAGGAAAGACAAGAUGGAGUACGACAUGACGCACUUCAGCUUUCCAAAAGCCUUCCCUCGGCAGUACCCCAAAUAUUCCGACCAUCCUGACAUCCCGUUCUGGGUGUCCAAUGCUGAGAGUGCUCGUAUUGGAGAGGCUCCACCAAGGGCAAUGCCAAGGACCAUCAGUGAACCCACCUUCAAGGUCACAGAACUUCCUUAUGGCGAUGAACCCAGUGUCAGCUAUGACAACAUCGCAGAUUCUGGAAAAGAGCUGGCUGCGGGAAAGUUCUCUACCAAGCAGAUGACUCUGGGAAGUAAGACGGUGAAGCGGUGGUCUACGGAUAUGCUGGAGCGCGGGCAGGCACGAAAUCAGCCGCGGCUUUUUGACAAUAUCCGACCAGUACGCAUUGGUUCCAAAGAUUUGGAGCCAUUGGACUUGACGUCCUCCUUUGAGCCCAUCAGAUCAGCGGCACUGCGCCGGCAAGCGGAAGAAAGGAAGCGGAUGGCUUCCAUCCCCAAGCGCAGCCGUCUCUACGUGGAUCCUAACGAGGAACCGAACCUGAAAACGGUGGCCUCACAUGGCAAUGGUGGGCGGGGCUCCUUCAUUGACUCCUCAGAUCAUGGCUCUGGGCCUCGUGUGGAGCCACCAAUGUCCGCAACUUCAGCUGCGACCAGGAUGCCUUCACGUCGUCCCCUUGGGAAUGAUAUGCGGCCUCCAGUCAUUGAGUCGCCCAAAGAGCCGAGGAUCUUUGGGACUCAAAACAUGACCCGGCCACUUCAGUCCGGUAUUCGCUGUGGUGGUUUCCAGCAUUUGGACGGCACGUGCAAGACCUCAGAGUGCCCACCAGAGUUGGGGCGUUGCACCAUUUGGUCUCCAGCUUCGCUGCGAUUGUCGACUCGACGUCGACGCCAUGCGCAGCUCUUGGCUCCUGAGGGCCUUGUGUCCGGGGUCUCAGAGGAGAUUCGUUCGUCGAUUCGUGUUCGCAAGUUUGCCAACUUUCAGUUUUGGUCAGCCCAAGUCAGUGGUGAGUGCCACCCUGUCUCAGCCUUGGAUACUCUUCCAGGGAUGAUGAACCACCAGCCGAGCCAAGCUGGGGAUUUGAGGUUGGGUGGAGCAGCUCCUGCAUUGGCUCAACAAAGCCUGGAGAGUUUCGUACCUGGCUGGGCUCUGACCAAUGGCCGGCGAAGCUUGGCGGUGUACGUCUUGGAUGGCCGGGUGCACAAGAAGAGCCUCAUUGCAGGCUCGAAACGCUUACGACACCGGAGCUUUCCAAUUGAACCAGUCAUGGUACCUGACUCCGACGAAGACGACGAUUUCUACCCUUCCUGCUCUGCACCUGACGAGCUGGAAUUGGCGAUGGAUCUGAAGAUGCACCUGGAGAUCGUGGCGCCCUUUGUGAAAAUGGCCAAGAAAAGUAGCAUGUGCAACUGCCAGCUGCAGGGCACUGCAGCCACCAGGAUUAUGAACCGACUUUGUGGAGAGGUCCAAGCCUUUCUUCAGCAUCAUGCCAAAGGAAUGUCGGCGCCGGCCAGACGCAUGGAGGAGAAUUGGUGCAAGAUCCUGGCGGUUUGGAAUCACUUCAUUUCCGAACACCUUGAAUUCAUGGCAGUUUCCAUGGCGGCUGCUGUAGAGGAGCGUAUCAGAAUGGAGUGUGACAAAUGCGGUUACAAGUGUGUGCCACAGUGGUUGAAUGACAGGGCCCACUGCCUGAAGUGCCAAGCGGUUUUGCGUACACGCGGCUCCAUCCACGAAGCCAAGCGCGAGAUCUUCGGUGCGGAGGCCAACGGCGAAGGCCGCCGGCUCUCAGGCGAGGUGAGUACCUUCAAAUUGGCGCCCAGCAGUGCCAUGGAAUCCGCCAGUGGAAGUUGUUCCAAGGCACCAGAUGGAGUACACCACUGGAAGUAUGGCAAGUGCAACUUCUGCCAGCAGGCAGAAGGGAAGUUGGCCAAAGGUCCUGGGGUGUUGCCGAAUCCUGGAGGAGCAGCUGAUUGUGAGAUGGGCGGGAAAUGUAUGUUCAAGUUUGCAAAGUGUACCAAGUGCGGCCGCGGCGAGUCUGGCAUGAAAGUGGAGAAGGAAGAGAGUCGAAGACCUUCAGAUGCUUCCACUGCUUCCUCUGUGACCCACCCGCAGAUGGCGGCCUCCAAGUCACCAGUAGUUCGACCUUCCUCUCCACCCCUGGCAGCAGCUGCUGGGCUGUUGGUGGGAGAGACCAUGUCGGACGACAUCUCAAAGACCAUGAAUGAUGAGCCAAAGACCUCCCCCAGGGAGGUGCGGAAAGGCUCCAAGGGAUCCGGUGAUGAUCGCACACGUGUGACCUGCCACCUUUGUGGUUACAAAUCUGUUCCUCAGUGGUUGAACGAUAGAGCACACUGUUUGAAGUGCGACGCCGUUGUAAAGACCCGAGCGAGCAUUCAUGGCCAAGUGGACCUACCAGGGGAGAUCCCGAAGGACUUGUCUGCAAGCCGGGCCCCAGGAGAGACAAGCACCUAUAAAUUGGCGCCCAGCAGUGCCAUGGAAUCUGCCAGUGGCAGUUGUCCGAAGUCCCCCAAUGGCAUCCACCAUUGGAAGUACGGCAAGUGCAACUACUGUCAGCAGGCGGAAGGCAAGUUUGUGAAAGGUGCCGGGGCUUUGGCAAAUCCUGGGGGUGCAGCUGGCUGCAGCAAGGAUGGUGGCAAGUGUAUGUUCAAGUUCUCCAAGUGCACAAAGUGUGGGCGCAAGGAGUUCUAG